GAAAGAUAGAAAUAACAUUCUUUGCUAAGGAAAAAAAUUGUAUUCAUAAUACAAGAUGGCGUCUGUUACCUAUGACUAAUUCUACAUUAAUGGUUGUUACCAAAGCAACGAAUAAAUAUUAACAGAAUAAACUACGAACCUCAACAUGACUGCGAUUGAAAUAUUUUCAAGUUCUAUUUAUUAUAAAUAUAAAGCUAGAAUAUGUUCUUUAAGUUUUUUUAUUGUGUUAUUAUUUGUUAUAAUGUCAAUGAUUACUCCAUUGUUUUUAAUGUUUAAUGCAGGAGGAUUUUGGAUAAAAACAAAAAUUCAUUCAGAAAUGCCAGAUGUAUCUUUUCAAUAUAAAUAUUUAUUAUUAAUGGAGAGAGGCAUAGAAAUGGCUCCAAUAAUUUGUUCUACCUUUACUAGCUACAAAGAAAAUAAGAUUUCCGAUGAUUGUUUAAUUAUAAAGGUACAAGAAAUAGAUACCAAUAACGAUGGGAAAAAAGAUAUAUUAAAGUUUGAAGCACAAUUUUAUACAGAUUCACCUAUCAAGAAUAUUAAGCUCUUUUUAUUUUUUGAUUUUAAAUUAAAGCAACUCUUCGAAAGCUCAAUUCAAUCAUUUGCAAUAUUUGAUCAUAUGUUGAACCAAGAAGAACAAAAGAUUCAUUUUAUCGCAGAUUUGGAAUUGAAACAGAGAGGCAUACUUCACAGCGAUCAUUUGUACGACAUAUAUAAUCAUAGCAUAGAAUUAACAGACCGAUCAUUGUUGCAAUUGGUAUCUCAAAAUGUUAAUAAAAAAUUUUCAGCUGAGAUCACUAAUAGCCAUGUAAUUACUCAAUCAGGAUUUUCCAAAGAAGAUAUGAUAACGAUUCAAGGGGAAUUGCAUUAUAAAGAUCAUUUACUAUAUUAUCAACCUAAUUUGUGGGAAGAAUUUAAAUGGGCAUGGAUACAGGAAGGUGCGCUCGAAGCGGAUCGAUAUUGGGGAGUCGCCGGUGUCAAGGCGUUUCUUUUGGCACGAAGCAGCAUUACCGACUAUGUCAACCCUUCCAAGCAUUCAUCCGUAUCUCAACAAGGCCUCCUACUCUGUUCAAUGAGGGUGGAGACUGCGCUGUAUCACGGAGAACAAAGUGAGUGAGUAAAUAAUUUCAAAGUUACAAAGAAGAGAUGUUGUUUGAUAAACUUCACCGGCGAUUCGUUU